AUGAUGUCCGCUGAGCAGCUGUCGUCGCAGCAGUACAUCAGUGACGUGCUGCGACGAUACCAGCUGGAACGCUUUCAGAGCUCCUUUGCGUCUAGCAUGACUAUCAAGGACCUUCUCACCCUGCAGCCGGAGGACUUCAGUGGCUAUGGCGUUGUAGAGGCAAUGGACAUUUUGCGGCUGCGCGACGCCAUCGAGUACAUCAAAGCCAACCCGCUCUCCGCCUCACGCUCCGGCAGUGACGUGCUCGACGGUGACGGGGACGAUAGUACCCCGGAAGGAAAAGAGGAGAGCUCGACAGGGCGCCGACGGCUGUAUACAGCACGCGGAACCACCGUUCUUUGCCCGUCAACCGACAACGCAGAGGAGGUGAAGCGCAAGAGCCGCAUCGUCGUGGCUAUUCGCAAGCGUCCGCUCAGCGCCGGGGAGCAGACAAACGGCUUCACGGACAUCCUGGAUGCCGAUAACAGCGGCGAGAUUGUGCUGAAGGAGCCGAAGGUGAAGGUCGAUCUGCGCAAGUACAUCCACGUGCACCGCUUCUUCUUCGACGAGGUUUUCGACGAGGCGUGUGACAACGUCGAUGUGUACAACCGCACGGCUCGUGCGCUGAUCGACACCGUCUUUGACGGUGGCUCUGCAACAUGCUUUGCCUAUGGGCAGACGGGGAGUGGAAAGACACACACGAUGCUGGGCAAGAACCCCGAGCCAGGCCUCUACGCACUCGCGGCAAAGGACAUGUUCGACCGCCUCACUGGUGACAGGCGCAUUGUUGUUUCGUUCUAUGAGAUCUAUAGCGGGAAGCUGUUUGACUUGCUGAACGGUCGGCGACCCCUGCGGGCACUCGAAGACGACAAGGGGAGGGUGAACAUCCGCGGUCUCACCGAGCACUGCUCUAGCAGCGUGGAGGACCUCAUGUCGAUUAUCGGCCAGGGAAACGCCGUCCGUAGCUGCGGUUCCACCGGCGCCAACGACACGAGUUCUCGCUCCCACGCUAUUCUCGAGAUAAAGCUCAAGGUGAAACGGACAUCGAAGCAGAGCGGCAAGUUCACCUUUAUCGACCUCGCUGGUAGCGAGCGCGGCGCCGACACGGUGGACUGCGCGCGACAGACCCGCCUUGAAGGGGCGGAAAUCAACAAAAGCCUCCUCGCUCUGAAGGAGUGCAUUCGUUUUUUAGAUCAGAAUAAAAAGCACGUCCCAUUCCGCGGCUCGAAGUUGACUGAGGUGCUCCGCGAUUCGUUUGUCGGCAACUGCCGUACUGUGAUGAUCGGCGCCGUUUCUCCAUCCAACAACAACGCCGAGCACACGCUAAACACACUGCGCUACGCCGAUCGCGUCAAGGAGCUGAAGCGCGUCGCGACGGAGCGGCGUACAAUGUGCAUCCCCAAUGACCAGGAAGAGGUCAUCUUUGAGACGACUGAGAGCAGGCCACCGUCACGGAGGACGACGACCCGGCUUUCGACGGCUGACCCCUUUUUCUCCGACACUCCAACGGCUGCCUUGGCACGCAGAAGUACGUUGCUUAGCAGCCGCUCCGUCAACACACUGUCGUCGUCGUCGUCACAGGGCAAGUCGGACCUCGUCAACUCGAAGCCGCCGUCGCGCGAUCGGGCUUUGGACGCGGUGUGCAGUAAGCGACCCCGCCACUCAGACGGAGUCUGCGAUGGCGAAGUGGUUUCGCGGCUGAGUGGCCGCCCAAGUUUUAAGCGCUUCGAGGGCGGCGCUGAGCUCGUGGCGGCCCAGCGCAGCCGCGUCAUUGACCAAUACAACGCCUACCUCGAGGCGGACAUGAACUGUAUCAAGGAGGAGUACCAGGUGAAAUACGACGCAGAGCAGCUGAACGCCAACACGCACAGCUUUGUCGAGCGCGCACGCUUGCUGGCGAGCGAGAAGCGACGCGCGAUGGAGUCCUUCCUGACGCAGCUCGACGAGCUCGAGAAGAUCGCACAGCAAGUCGCCAGCAUCGACGCCUUCCACCAACAACUGCCGCCACUGUAG